UUUGCAAUAAGAGGCAGAUCAAAACAAAUAUACAACAAAAUAAAUUUUCAACUAAAAUUUUUAUUUACUUGCUGGAAUUUAUUAGCCAUGUUAUGUUGCUUGUGUUUAAAAGGCACAGAAAAUGCUAUGCCAAUUUUUGGAGAUUCAGAAAUGUCAGAAAAAUAUAAUGUAGCGGCAAUUUUAGCAAAGCAUUUCUGGUUUGAACCAAAUAAGGAUGACCCAGCUUUUACCGCAAUAUGUAAUGCAUGCUGGGGAAAACUUUAUGAUUUCCAUAAAUUCUAUGAAAUGGUGGAAAUAGUUCACCACCGUUUGAUUAACACGGAGAUUGUGACGGUGAAAAGUGAAGAAACGCUUGCAUGCAAAGAUGAGCCGUAUGAAGAAAAUUUACAUGAAUUGGGCGAGGUGCCACUUUCUACGGAAUUAGUGGCCUUAAACCAGUCAACGAAGUCUUGCUCCACUUUAGACUCGGACAUCCAUUUCAACGCUCAUAAUUCCAACGAUAGCCAUAGCUAUGACAAUGAAUUUGAUAUGGACUAUCAAGAGGAGGAUUCUGAGCACUCGGAUCCAUUUGACGAUACAGAAGUGGUAAGAGAUAUGCACGAGCAGGAUUUACAAACUCCAACUGAGAAAAGGACACGUUCAACCCGAAAUUCAAAGAAAUCGAAUGCACCAGCCGAUAGCGUACUACCUUCGGUAGCUGAAAAGCUUGCAGUUCCAGUAAAGAGGGGAAGAAAGCCUAAAGUUAAAAUUUCUUUGGAUCAUGAAAACAAAGGCGACAAGCCAAAGAAAUCUAAAUGCAAAGAGAAACCUAAUAAAAAUCCAGACGAAGAGAGUGCCUAUAAAAAUAAGAUGAAAUCGUUCGACAAUGAAAUUUCUCAGUAUAUGGGCCUACAUUGUGAUGUGUGCAACAUAGCUGUAGAAAAUUUUGCUACCCUAAAAAAUCAUAUGCGCAUUGAACAUAGCAUUGAAAAUGGCUACGUGAAAUGCUGUGACAAAAAAUUCUGCAAGAGAGCAAAUCUGUUGUAUCAUAUUCGGCGUCAUGUUAAUCCAAAUUGUUAUAGAUGUGAGGAUUGUGACCAAAUAUUUUCUGAUUAUCAAUCGUUACGAAAUCAUCUCAACGUUAAACACCAAAAGGAAGAAGAUAAAAUAUACAAAUGCAACGAGUGUCCAAAAAAAUUUGCCCGCAAAUAUCUACUUGAACAGCAUAGAACUUUUAAGCAUAAAGAUCGUUGCAAACAAUGCAAAAUGUGUAAUAGAAGAUAUAAAACAAUUGAGGAGCUUGAGGAGCAUAAUAAAGAACCAUGUGCAGCCGGAAUAAUGUGCGAUAUUUGUGCUAAAGUUAUUUUUGGUCCCGGGGCUUUUAAACGCCACCAAUUAGAACAUGAUGGCGGUGAUGCUCACAAACUGCAAUGUGAUUUAUGCGGGUCAUGGCAUAAAGAUAAAUAUGCACUCAGAAAACACAAACGACGUCAUUUGGAACCUAAGACACCCCAUGUAUGUGAUAUUUGUAAUAAAGUUUCACCCAGUCGAGAAGCCAUGGUUAGUCACAAAAAAUACGCUCACCGAUCUGAUCGAACUUUUGAGUGUGAAUUUUGCAAAAAGUGCUUCAAACGACCAAUUUCGUUAAGGGAACACUUGACAACACACACGGGUGCCGUCUUAUAUACAUGCCCCUACUGCCCGAAAACAUUUAAUUCCAACGCUAAUAUGCACUCACAUCGCAAAAAUGUACAUCCUGUUGAAUUUGAAGAAGCUCGUAAACGACGCCAAAGAGUUGGUUAUAUGGGUGAUCAAAAUUCUUCGAUAGACGUUUCGAAGCCUUUAGCAAUAGGCGCGCCAAUCACUGAUAGUAAAAUAGUGCCUAAUUUGCCCAAAGUCGAGUCUAAUCAUACUAUAACGUUAUUUGACGCAAAUUAAAAAUAAAUAAUAUUUUCAAAUA